CGCAAUUCCUACACACACAUAUAUGCUCCGUCUGCUGCUGCUGCUGAGCCGGCGGUGCUACAGUACCCCACCGCCACCGCCGGCGCCGUCAAAACUCCGAAAUAUCGGAGUUAUUGCGCACGUUGACGCCGGCAAAACUACAGUAACCGAGCGGUUACUGUACUUGGCUGGGGCUAUCCACGUGGCAGGCCACGUGGAUAAAGGGAAUACGGUCACCGAUUUUUUGGAUAUCGAGAGGGAACGGGGAAUCACAGUCCAAUCGGCGGCUGUAAAUCUCGACUGGAAAGGCCAUCGGAUCAAUUUAAUCGAUACACCGGGCCACGUGGAUUUUCGAGUCGAAGUUGAGCGAUGUGUUCGUGUUCUUGACGGAAUUGUCGUAGUAAUCGAUGGAUCAGCGGGUGUUCAACCUCAAACUUUGACUGUUUGGCGGCAAAGCUCAAAAUUCAAACUUCCCGCGCACUUUUUCAUUAAUAAAAUGGACAAAUUGGCGGCAAAUUUCGAAAAUUCGGUGGAUUCUGUUGAGCAGAAGCUUGGCGUUCGAGCUGUGAAGCUUGUGGUGCCGCUACCCGAAAAUCGGGGAUUUAAUCGAGGAUUUCUGGACAUUUUACACUCAAAAAUGCUCCCCGGAAACUCCAAAAAUUGGCAAAAUCCCCCGAAAAACUCGCCAGAAGCCGAGUUGCUCGCCGAGCACAAGUCAGAGCUCUGCUUCACGCUGGCCGAUAGUCAUGCCGAUUUUCAGAGCAAAUUCCUCGAUGAAUUUGAUGGAAAUUCGGAGAAAAUUGACGUCAUCGAGAUGAAAAGUGUGCUCCGAGAGCUCACUUGCGCGUCGAAAAUCGCCACGAUUUCGUGUGGCUCGGCGGUGAAAAAUGUGCAUUGUGUGAAGCCGGUGCUCGACGCAGUUGUGGAUUUUUUCCCGGCGCCGGAGAUGAGGAAUCGGGAGUUUCGAGACGUUUUUGGAGAGGAUUUGAGUGGAUUGGUGUUUAAGAUAACCCACGACAAACGUCGCGGUCAACUCUCCUACAUGCGAAUCUACACGGGCUCUCUCCACAACAACUCGACCAUCUUCAAUACCUCCCAAAUGACGUCAGAGGGACCCCUAAAGCUCUUUACUCCGUAUGCAGAUGAGCUCCGGCUCGUCGAGCAAGUCUCCGCCGGAAAUAUCACCGUUGUCGCAGGCCUUCAGACUACAGUAACCGGGGAUACGGUAGUCGCAAGCUCCGCCUCCGCUGAAAAAGCAUGUCAGAAGCUUGCGGGCUCCGAGAGCUCACUGUUAAGCCCAAAAGAUGGAAAUUCCGUAGUUUUUUCGGGAAUCGAGUCACCGGAUGCGGUGUUCUUUUGUUGUAUAGAGCCUCCGUCGAAUCGUCAGCUUAAUCAGUUUAAUAAGGCUUUGGAAGAGCUCACGCGGGAGGAUCCGUCGAUGAAAAUUCGAUUUGAUCGGGAUACCGGCCAAACUAUUGUGGAAACACAGGGCGAGCUGCAUUUGGAAGCGAUUAAGGAUCGGCUCAAGAGAAACUAUAAAUUGGACGUUUUUAUUGGGAAAUUACAGGUCGCCUACCGCGAAAUGCUCACCGAAGAGCUCAGCUACACGGCAAAAGUGGAAGACGGGCUCAGUGAGAAGAAGCGGCCCGAAUUUGUGCAGUUAACUAUGAGAUUGGAGCCGACUCAGGCCCAUAUUCCAUUCAAAAAAAUCGAGCUUGAACUCCCACAAACGGCCCGUCCUGUGCGUUUAGACUGGCAAAAAGCCGUCAACGAAGGAUGCUCAAAUGCUCUGCAAAAUGGGCCGCUAGCGUCGUAUCCAGUCCAUGCUGUUCGAGUGGUGCUGACCGAGUGUAUUGUUAGUGGAGGAAAGAUUAAUCCGGCGCUGUUAUCCGCAUGCGCCCAAAAAUGUGUGUCCGAAGCGCUGUCCAGCGGCGAAAUGGUGCUCACUGAGCCGGUAAUGGAGGUACAAAUCGAGAUCCGCAACGACGACCCAACUCAACCGAUUCUCAACGAGCUUCUGCGACGACGGGCUCAUUUCGAGCACUCGGAUGCCACAGAAUCGACGGAAAUCCGCAGAAUUUGCGCAAUUUUACCACUUUCUGAAACUGAGAAUUUGUCGAAAACUGUUCGAACUUUGACUAGCGGUUUUGGUGAUAUUAGUGUACAAUUUAGAGGUUACCAGCAGGUUACGGAGCAUGAAAAGAUGGAAAUUUUGAAGAAAAGAGCCACCGGGUAUUGAUAGAUUUUUUUGGAAAUUUUUAAAAAAUUUUUAUUUUGUUUUCCAAUUUUUUUUCGUUACAGAAUUGUUUUCACAAUAAAAUUUUUUUUAUCG